AUGCAGAGCAGGAGCUGCUGCCAUUGCCACUCAGAAUCCCCGCGCGCUGCUCAGAGCCGGAGGGAGCGCUGGGAGCGAGCAAGCGAGCGCUCGGAGCCCGAACGUGCGGAGGGAAGAAGGAGGGCGGGCGAGGGAGGCUCGGGGAGGGAGGAGCGCGGGGGGGAGGAGGAGGCAGAGGAGGAGGUGGAGGAGGAGGAGGAGGAGGACCGCGCUGCCGGCGGAAUGGGAAGCUGCUGCCCGGGACGUUUGGACCUGCUGUGCGUGCUGGCGCUGCUCGGGGGCUGCCUGCUCCCCGUGUGCCGGACGCGCGUCUACACAAACCACUGGGCAGUCAAAAUCGCCGGGGGCUUCCCGGAGGCCAACCGUAUCGCCAGCAAGUACGGAUUCAUCAACAUAGGACAGAUAGGGGCCCUGAAGGACUACUACCACUUCUACCAUAGCAGGACGAUUAAAAGGUCAGUUAUCUCAAGCAGAGGGACCCACAGUUUCAUUUCAAUGGAGCCAAAGGUGGAAUGGAUCCAACAGCAAGUGGUAAAAAAGCGGACAAAGAGGGAUUAUGACUUCAGUCGUGCCCAGUCUACCUAUUUCAAUGAUCCCAAGUGGCCCAGCAUGUGGUAUAUGCACUGCAGUGACAAUACGCAUCCCUGCCAGUCUGACAUGAAUAUCGAAGGAGCCUGGAAGAGAGGCUACACGGGAAAGAACAUUGUGGUCACUAUUCUGGAUGACGGAAUUGAGAGAACCCAUCCAGAUCUGAUGCAAAACUACGAUGCUCUGGCAAGUUGCGACGUGAAUGGGAAUGACUUGGACCCCAUGCCUCGUUAUGAUGCAAGCAACGAGAACAAGCAUGGGACUCGCUGUGCUGGAGAAGUGGCAGCCGCUGCAAACAAUUCGCACUGCACAGUCGGAAUUGCUUUCAACGCCAAGAUCGGAGGAGUGCGAAUGCUGGACGGAGAUGUCACGGACAUGGUUGAAGCAAAAUCAGUUAGCUUCAACCCCCAGCACGUGCACAUUUACAGCGCCAGCUGGGGCCCGGAUGAUGAUGGCAAGACUGUGGAUGGACCAGCCCCCCUCACCCGGCAAGCCUUUGAAAACGGCGUUAGAAUGGGGCGGAGAGGCCUCGGCUCUGUGUUCGUUUGGGCAUCUGGAAAUGGCGGAAGGAGCAAAGACCACUGCUCCUGUGAUGGCUACACCAACAGCAUCUACACCAUCUCCAUCAGCAGCACUGCAGAAAGCGGGAAGAAACCUUGGUACCUGGAAGAGUGCUCAUCCACGCUGGCCACAACCUACAGCAGCGGGGAGUCCUACGAUAAGAAAAUCAUCACUACAGAUCUGAGGCAGCGUUGCACGGACAACCACACUGGGACGUCGGCCUCAGCCCCCAUGGCUGCAGGCAUCAUUGCACUGGCCCUGGAAGCCAAUCCGUUUCUGACCUGGAGAGACGUACAGCAUGUUAUUGUCAGGACUUCCCGUGCGGGACAUUUGAACGCUAAUGACUGGAAAACCAAUGCUGCUGGUUUUAAGGUGAGCCAUCUAUAUGGAUUUGGACUGAUGGAUGCAGAAGCCAUGGUGAUGGAGGCAGAGAAGUGGACCACCGUUCCCCGGCAGCAUGUGUGUGUGGAGAGCACAGACCGACAAAUCAAGACAAUCCGCCCUAACAGUGCAGUGCGCUCCAUCUACAAAGCUUCGGGCUGCUCGGAUAACCCCAGCCGCCAUGUCAACUACCUGGAGCAUGUCGUUGUGCGCAUCACCAUCACCCACCCCAGGAGAGGAGACCUGGCCAUCUACCUGACUUCGCCCUCGGGAACUAGGUCUCAACUUUUGGCCAACAGGCUAUUUGAUCACUCCAUGGAAGGAUUUAAAAACUGGGAGUUCAUGACCAUUCAUUGCUGGGGGGAAAGAGCUGCUGGUGACUGGGUCCUUGAAGUUUAUGAUACUCCCUCUCAGCUAAGGAACUUUAAGACUCCAGGUAAAUUGAAAGAAUGGUCUUUGGUCCUCUAUGGCACCUCCGUGCAGCCAUAUUCACCAACCAAUGAGUUUCCUAAAGUGGAACGGUUCCGCUAUAGCCGAGUUGAAGACCCCACAGACGACUAUGGCACAGAGGAUUAUGCAGGUCCCUGCGACCCUGAGUGCAGUGAGGUUGGCUGUGACGGGCCAGGACCAGACCACUGCAAUGACUGUUUGCACUACUACUACAAGCUGAAAAACAAUACCAGGAUCUGUGUCUCCAGCUGCCCCCCUGGCCACUACCACGCCGACAAGAAGCGCUGCAGGAAGUGUGCUCCCAACUGUGAGUCCUGCUUUGGGAGCCAUGGUGACCAGUGCCUGUCCUGCAAAUAUGGAUACUUUCUGAAUGAAGAAACCAACAGCUGUGUUACUCACUGCCCCGAUGGGUCAUAUCAGGAUACCAAAAAAAAUCUUUGCCGGAAAUGCAGUGAAAACUGCAAGACAUGUACUGAAUUCCAUAACUGUACAGAAUGUAGGGAUGGGUUAAGCCUGCAGGGAUCCCGGUGUUCUGUCUCCUGUGAAGACGGACAGUACUUCAAUGGCCAGGACUGCCAGCCCUGCCACCGCUUCUGCGCCACUUGUGCUGGGGCAGGAGCUGAUGGGUGCAUUAGCUGCACAGAGGGCUACUUCAUGGAGGAUGGGAGAUGCGUGCAGAGCUGUAGUAUCAGCUAUUACUUUGACCACUCUUCAGAGAAUGGAUACAAAUCCUGCAAAAAAUGUGAUACCAGUUGUUUGACGUGCAAUGGCCCAGGAUUCAAGAACUGUACAAGCUGCCCCAGUGGGUAUCUCUUAGACUUAGGAAUGUGUCAAAUGGGAGCCAUUUGCAAGGAUGGAGAAUACGUUGAUGACCAUGGCCACUGCCAGACCUGUGAGGCCUCAUGUGCCAAGUGCCGGGGACCCACCCAGGAAGACUGCACUACCUGCCCCAUGACAAGGAUUCUUGAUGAUGGCCGCUGUGUUUCCAACUGUCCCUCACGGAAAUUUGAAUUUGAGAACCAAUGCCAUCCCUGCCACCACACCUGCCAGAGAUGCCAAGGAAGCGGCCCUACCCACUGCACCUCCUGUGAAGCAGACAACUAUGGCCGAGAGUACUUCCUAUACCAGGGAGAGUGUCGAGAGAGCUGCCCAGAGGGCCACUAUGCCACUGAAGGGAAUACCUGCCUGCCCUGCCCAGACAACUGUGAGCUUUGCCACAACAUGCACAUCUGCACAAGAUGCACAAGGGGCUACUUCAUAGCGCCCACCAACCACACGUGCCAGAAGUUGGAGUGUGGACAAGGUGAAGUCCAAGACCCAGACUAUGAAGAAUGUGUCCCUUGUGAAGAAGGAUGUCUGGGAUGCAGCUUGGAUGAUCCAGGAACAUGCACAUCUUGCGCUAUGGGGUAUUACAGGUUUGAUCAGCAUUGUUAUAAAACCUGUCCUGAGAAGACCUACAGUGAGGAACUGGAAUGCAAGGCAUGCGAUAGUAACUGUGGCAGCUGUGACCAGAAUGGGUGUUACUGGUGUGAAGAGGGCUUCUUUCUCUUGGGUGGCAGUUGUGUGAGGAAAUGUGGCCCUGGAUUCUAUGGUGACCAAGAAAUGGGAGAAUGUGAGCCCUGCCACCGAGAGUGUGAAACCUGCACAGGCCCUGGUCAUGACGAGUGCAGCAGCUGCCAGGAAGGACUGCAGCCGCUGCGUGGGGUGUGCGUGCGUGCCACCCAGACCCAGGAGGAGGGCAAAUUCUGGAAUGAUACUUUGAGAAAAUCCCAGCCUUGUCAUUCUUCUUGUAAAACCUGCAAUGGAUCUGCAACUCUGUGCACUUCAUGUCCCAAAGAUGCAUAUCUUCUGGCUCAGGCCUGUGUUUCCUCCUGUCCCCAAGGCACAUGGCCUUCCGUAAGGAGCAGGAGCUGCGAGAACUGUUCGGAGGCCUGUGCCGUCUGCUCUGGAGCCGAUCUUUGCAAAAAGUGCCGGAUGCAGCUGGACCUCCCUCUCUUCCUCCAUGAAGGCAGGUGCUACUCCAAGUGCCCGGAGGGCUCUUACGCAGAAGAUGGCGUAUGUCAACGUUGUAGCUCUCCUUGCAGAACGUGUGAAGGAAACACCACCAACUGCCAUUCUUGUGAAGGAGGCCUCGUCCUGCACCACGGAGUGUGCCAGGAAACCUGCCCCGAGAGGCACGUGGCUGUGGAGGGGGUGUGCAAGCCUUGUCCAGAGAUGUGUCAGGACUGCAUCCAUGAGAAAACAUGCAAAGAGUGCAUGCCUGAGUUCUUCCUGCAUGAUGAUAUGUGCCACCAGUCCUGUCCCCGUGAUUGUCACAAGUCCUGCUUGACCUGCUCAUCGUCUGGGACCUGCACCGCCUGUCAGAAAGGCCUGAGGAUGAACCCUCAUGGGAGCUGCCUGGCCAACAAGAAAUGUGCCCCCUCCGAGUACUGGGAUGAGGAUGCUCCCGGGUGCAAGCCCUGCCACACUAAGUGCUUCCACUGCACGGGGCCGGCGGAGGACCAGUGUCAAACAUGCCCCAGGGUCAGCCUUCUUCUCAACACAACCUGUGUGAAGGACUGCCCAGAGGGCUAUUAUGCUGAUGAGGACAGCCACCAGUGUGCCCGCUGCCACAGCUCUUGCAGGACAUGUGAAGGGAGACACAGCAGGCAGUGCCACUCCUGCCGACCAGGCUGGUUCCAGCUGGGAAAAGAGUGCCUGCUCCAGUGCAGGGAAGGGUAUUACGCAGACAACUCCACCGGCCGGUGUGAGAGGUGCCACAGGAUCUGCAAGGGGUGCCGGGGCCCACGGCCCACAGACUGCCUGUCUUGCGAUAGAUUUUUCUUUCUGCUCCGCUCCAAAGGAGAGUGUCAUCCCUCCUGCCCAGACCAUUACUAUGUAGAGCAAAGCACACAGACCUGUGAGAGAUGCCAUCCGACUUGUGAUCAAUGCAAAGGAAAAGGAGCGUUGAAUUGCUUAUCCUGUGUGUGGAGUUACCACCUCAUGGGAGGGAUCUGCACCUCGGACUGUCUUGUUGGGGAAUACAGAGUGGCAGAGGGAGAGAAGUUUAACUGUGAAAAAUGCCACGAGAGCUGCAUGGAAUGCAAGGGACCAGGGGCCAAGAACUGCACCUUGUGCCCCGCCAACCUGGUGCUGCACGUGGACGACAGCCGCUGCCUCCACUGCUGCAACACCUCCGAUCCCACCAGUGCCCAGGAGUGCUGUGACUGCCAGGACACCACGGAAGAGUGCAUCCUUCGAACAAGCAAGGUUAGGCCUGCAGCUGAGCACUUCAAGACAGCUCUAUUCAUCACCUCCUCCGUGAUGCUGGCGCUUCUGCUCGGGGCAGCUGUGGUCGUGUGGAAGAAAUCUCGCGGCCGAGUCCAGCCAGCAGCAAAGGCCGGCUAUGAAAAGCUGGCCGACCCCAACAAGUCUUACUCCUCCUAUAAGAGCAGCUAUGGAGAGAGCACCAGCUUUGAAGAGGAUCAGGUGAUUGAGUACAGGGAUCGGGACUAUGAUGAGGAUGACGAUGAUGACAUCGUCUACAUGGGCCAGGAUGGCACAGUCUACCGGAAAUUUAAGUAUGGGCUGCUGGAUGACGAUGACGAAGAUGAGCUGGAAUACGAUGACGAGAGUUACUCCUACUACCAGUAA